GCGGCCGGGGACUGGGAGACGGGCGGUGGGGUGCCAUCCGGCUUUGCGGUGCCCUCUCCCCAGCCCAGCUUCGGGCAGUAUGUGGCUGAGCCCCGAGGAGGUGCUGCUGGCCAACGCGCUCUGGGUGACAGAGCGGGCAAACCCUUUCUUCGUGCUGCAGCGGCGGAAGGGUCACGGCCGUGGCGGAGGACUGACCGGGCUGCUGGUGGGCACCCUGGAUGUUGUUUUGGACUCGAGUGCACGUGUCGCUCCGUAUAGAAUCCUCCAUCAGACUCAGGACUCCCAGGUGUACUGGAACAUUGCAUGUGGUACCUCCAGGAAGGAGAUCACAGGACACUGGGAAUGGCUGGAGCUCAAUCUCCUGCAGACGCUAUCGGUCUUUGAGAAUGAAGAGGAUGUGACGACCUUUGUCAAGGGGAAAGUUCAGGGUAUCCUCGCUGAGGAAAACAAAAACAAAGAGGCGAAGGAGGACGAGGAUUCCGGGAAGUUCAAGGAGGCGGAGCUGAAAAUGCGGAAGCUGUUUGGAAUGCCAGAGGUGGAGAAGUUGGUGAACUACUACUCAUGUAGUUAUUGGAAAGGCAGAGUACCCCGUCAGGGAUGGAUUUACCUCAGUGUCAAUCACCUUUGCUUCUACUCCUUCCUGCUGGGAAAGGAAGUGAAGUUGGUAAUCCGCUGGGUUGAUGUGACCCAGCUGGAAAAGAAUGCCACCCUUCUCUUCCCUGAAUGCAUCAAGGUGAGCACUAGAGACCGGGAACAUUACCUCUCCAUGUUCCUCAACAUCAAUGAGACCUUCAAGCUAAUGGAGCAACUGGCCAACAUAGCUAUGAGGCAACUGCUAGACAAUGAGGGAUUCUCCGAAGACAAGUGUCUGCCCAAGCUCAAGAAGUCGCUCAAAAAUGUCUCAAUGCUUAAACGGGACCUGGAUGCUCGGGCCAAGAGUGAACGAUAUAGAUCCAUGUUUCAGCUCCCAAAAGAUGAGAGAUUAGACGGUCACACAGAAUGCACUCUCUGGACUCCCUUCAAUAAAAUGCACAUCAUGGGACAGAUGUUCGUCUCCAACAAUUAUAUCUGCUUUGCAAGUAAAGAGGAGGAUGUCUGCAAUCUAAUUAUACCGCUACGUGAGGUGACUAUUGUGGAGAAAGCAGAUAGCUCCAGUGUUUUACCCAGUCCUUUGUCCAUCAGUACCAAGAACAAAAUGACUUUCCUUUUUGCUAACCUAAAGGACAGGGAUUUUCUGGUGCAGAGAAUCUCUGACUUCUUGCAACGAACACCAUCGAGGCGACGUUCCAUCAAGGAAGAGCUGCAAAACUCCAAAUGCACAGAGAAUGAGGGUGUCCUGGAGCAGCGCAAAGUGUCCUCACCCAGUCCCUCCACACCAAGUCCAGGGGUCAUCUUGGACAACACCGAAGCCGCACCCACCACCACCCAUGCGUUGAUGACCAUCUUCCGAAAAGAGCCAUCAGAGGAACUCAGUCCGAAGAUGGCUAAGGAGAAGAUGAAAGAGGAAUCCUGGAACAUUCACUUCUUUGAAUUUGGUCGUGGGGUUUGUAUGUAUCGCACAUCAAAAACUCGUGAUCUCGUGCUGAAGGGGAUGCCAGAGUCCUUGAGGGGAGAGCUGUGGCUGCUAUUCUCGGGUGCUCUGAAUGAGAUGGUGACACACCCAGGGUACUAUUUGGAACUGGUGCAGGAGUCUAUGGGCAAGUAUAACCUGGCGACUGAGGAGAUUGAGAGGGAUCUGCACCGCUCGAUGCCUGAACACCCAGCCUUUCAGAACGAGAUGGGCAUUGCUGCCCUGCGGAGGGUGCUCACAGCCUAUGCAUUCCGCAACCCCAACAUUGGGUACUGUCAGGCCAUGAAUAUUGUCACCUCUGUCCUGUUGCUGUACUGCAAUGAGGAGGAAGCAUUCUGGCUCCUGACUGCUCUGUGUGAGAGGAUGCUGCCUGAUUACUACAACACCAGGGUAGUUGGUGCACUGGUGGAUCAAGGUGUGUUUGAAGAUCUGACACGGGAGCACCUUCCCCUCCUCUACGAGUGGAUGCAGGAGCUGGGUGUCAUCAGCACCAUCUCUCUCUCCUGGUUCCUGACGCUGUUCCUCAGCGUCAUGCCAUUUGAAAGCGCCGUGGUAGUGGUUGACUGCUUUUUCUAUGAGGGCAUCAAAGUUAUCUUCCAGGUGUCUCUUGCUGUAUUGGAGGCCAACAUGGAGAAGCUGCUGAAUUGUUCUGACGAGGGAGAAGCCAUGACCAUUCUUGGCAGGUACCUGGACAAUGUUUGCAACAAGCAGUGUACAUCACAGCCAAUCCCACAUCUACAUGCUUUGCUCACCAGUGGUGAUGAUCUUCCACAACAAAUAGACAUCUUUGAACUGAUUAAAUCAUCGUAUGAGAAAUUUGGGUCAAUCAGAGCGGAUGUGAUCGAGCAGAUGCGAUUCAAACAGCGACUGAAGGUCAUACAGACACUGGAGGACACAGCCAAGCGGAGCGUGGUGCGUGCUAUCCUGACGGAAACUGCCUUCAGUAUCGAGGAACUGGAGGAGCUUUAUUUACUGUUCAAGGCCAAACACUUGAUGAGCUGUUACUGGGGUGGGAGCAGCAGUGCAGCAGAGAGACAUGACCUCAGCCAGCCUUACCUGGAGCAGUAUCGCAUUGAUUCAGAGCAGUUCAAGGAGCUGUUUGUGGUGCUAUCACCAUGGACCUGUGGUCCACAUUCUCAGGUCCUCGCUGGGCGCAUGUUCCGCCUCUUGGAUCAAAACAGGGACUCGCUUAUCAGCUUUAAGGAAUUUGUCACCGGGCUGAGCGGAAUGUACCAUGGGGACCUUGUGGAGAAGCUGAAACUGUUGUACAGAUUACACCUGCCACCAGCUCUUUGGCCAGAGGAGGAACCAGCGCUGGAAGCUGCUCAAUACUUCACUGAAGAUCCCUUGGCUGAUGUGUCUCAUGCGACAUACCUUUUGUCAGACAUGGAUUUCCUCCUCAGCCAUGGGGCAUCAGGUGCAGCUGCAGGAGCAGAGGUGACUGGACAACAGGUGCAAGGUGGGACUGGAAAUGGGAACAUAAAACAAAAUAAAGAUGAGAAGACUGGUUCACAAGAUUACAAAUAUCACCUGAGGCUAUGGGCUCGUGAGAAAGAAGACCCAAAGGAUAACGUCAAAGAGUUGACCAAAAUGAACCAGGAACAGUUUAUAGAGAUGUGUAAGACCCUGUACAACAUGUUCAGUGAGGACCCAGCUGAGGGAGAGCUGUACCACGCCAUAGCAACCGUUGCAACGCUGCUGCUCCAGAUCGGAGAAGUCGGCAAACAGUUCUCCAGCCCAGUGUCUAGGAGGGCAAACGACACGGGGGAUCACAAGGGCUUAGGCAUCCAGGGUAAGGAGGGGGUCUCCGGCCUGGAAGAGGCAACGGUCGAAGUAGCUCAGACCAAACUCAAAGCAGACUGUGAGUCGGAUGUAUUGAGUGACACCUUGAAGGUCCAGAUGGAACGCAUGGAACUGGCCGGGUGUGUGGCUACAAAGAGGGAGGCCUCGGCAGCACUGUUGCUAACUGACGAGGAGGUGAGGGAUGACACUUCAAUGUCCUCUUACUCCAUGGUGAGCUCUGGCUCCCUUCUGUGUGAAGACAUCUCCGAGGACACAGUCCUGGUUGGCUGUGAGCAGGGAGCGGCAGUCCAGGGGCGACCCAGUGCCAUUGACGUGGAUUGGUCCAUCUCCUUUGAGCAGAUUCUGGCCUCCGUGCUGACCGAACCAGCCCUUGUCGGAUUCUUCGAGAAGCGGGUGGACGUGGGUCCCAAGAUUGCAAAGUGCAAGAGUCAAAGGGCAAUGGAGCAGCAGGUCAGCUCGUCCAGUGACCAGGAACUUUCGCCAACGUCCAGCUGACUCAAAGCUACCCCCAACCGUGAACUGACACGGAGAGGAACUUAGUAUUGACGUUGCUGUCCUACCUGGACCAUGCUUUAUCAACCAGUGUAACUACCAUGUGCUGGAAGUUUGUAUUCUGUCCAGGGAGAGAUUUCACGGCUGUGAUCUCGAUUGGUUUCCAGUGGCCUGUAAGUAAAUCUCUCCCUUUCCAAAUCAGAGUGCAAGUCCUACUGAAGCUAGAGAUUCAGCCAUUGAUGAAACUUAAUGGAUCAAGCUGAUUUCUGUCUUCAAUGAGGCCCCUGUAUGUUCAUCAACCUAGCAGCAAAUAUCCUAAAGCACACCUUAACCCAGAAUAGAAGCAAAGGCAAGUCACUGGCACAGUCUCAGUGUUCUUAUUCUUUUUAAAAUCAACGUGUUGUAUCUAUAAGCAACAGGAAUUGAAUAUAGAAUCAAAAGAGAAUCCGUUCUAUUACUAUGGUUAUAUUAUUUGCCCACGUAUAGCCACACUGAAAGAUUGCUUGCUUCUAAUGGCUUGUAGAGCAAACUUUAGUUAUCAACAUUAUUUGUGCCUAAAUCUGUUGCACGUUUGAAAUAACCUCUUAAAUGACAAAAACUACUAAGUUGCCUUCCAGUAGUCAGAGGUCAGGAACCUGUGCGCACAUACAUUUCAUGGACAGAGUGAAUUACUCUGGAUGAACCUGGGAUGGAAACAAAAGGGAAGGUUGAAUGAUCUGAGUUUUAACAUUGAACAAAGCUGUGAAGAAGUAAACGGAGCAGUAUUUUGUAAAGGGUCAGGUCGGUGGGGACACGGAAUUUGAGUCCUAAAUUUUUCAGUAUUUACAGGUUGGGAGUCCAGCAUUAAUUAAAUGAAGUCAGAUUCAAGAUCUCCCAGCACUUUCCAUUCAAACACUAUGGACCAGAAAGGGUGAAACUUCAAAUCAAAAGCAAAAUAAUUUCAGAAUAAAUAUUUGUUAAUUUUGACCCUAUAGGUUUUUAUUGUAAUUAAUUGUGCGUCAGAGAGGGGUUAACACAAGCUGGGUAAGUAAUAUUUUACUUUUAUCAGUUUUAAUUUAUUUGGGAUAGUCCAGAAUUUUAUUGAGAAAUGUAAGAUUUGGAAUCCGAACCUGGUGAAAUGAGCAUUGACUGUUAAAGAUGAAAGGGAAAGAUGUUUACUAGAGUUCUUCCAGUUACAUUUUAAACACCGCUUUGUUUAAGUGAGAAUAAGCAAGCACCAUACACACACGAGGUGCUGGGGACAGCAAGAGGAGCGGAACAUUAGAGCCAUGUCCUGAGCUGAAGACGCUGAGGCAGAUUUUAUCCCUGAUCUGUGUAUCUCUUGCUUUUCUAUACAUCGUUAUUCAGUAACUUAUAGGCUGUACCCUGCUUGACUGCACUUGAAGCAUCUGUCCACUGGGAGGUCAUUGGUUUCUAGUCCUACAAUGACAUAGGGAGAACCCUUGGCUCCAUCAUGCCUGUACUCACUCUCAUCUUGAGACUUUAUCAAGAACUAAUGAUUCAUAUAUUCAGAAAUAUAUAUUUGGGAGCUGGUCUGUUUUGGAUGACCUUCCUGAACAGUGCCCCGUUCUAAAUUAUUCUCUGAUUAAAUUAGCUUCCUUUCUUUGUGCCAUAUCUACCCUUGAAAGUUAAUUCACCGUAGGGCGGCAGCUGUCAGUCAUUCUGCAAUUCCAGCAUACGUACUCUUAAGGGACUAUGAAGAGAUGGAUAUAAAACUUGAAGUGCUUCCUGUUUCUAUUUCACGCCCUAUGAAAACAGUAUUACAGCAUUGUCUGAGCACACAAAAUGCUGAAAACGCAUGUGACCAUUCUUCAUCAUCUGUGAAGUUGGGCUCUUUUUUCUUAAAAAGUUUAAGUGCGAAUAAGCAGGUACCAUACUAGCAUGAGGUGCUGGGGACAGCAAGAAGUGUGCAACAUUAAAGGUACUUAAAAAGGUAGUCACUUUAAAUAAUGAAAACUAAGGUUCCCCACUUUCCAGUUUCUUAUUCUCAUUUUCCAACUUGUGUAGUUCGUGUUAACAUGGGGUUCUCUGCUUGGGAAGUUUAUUUCAGAAUAUGGAACUGCCUGUACCCCCUUUGCUAUUUUGAUUGUGCACUUGCUUCAACAGUAUUUUAAUUGGGGUUUCCAUAGCCCCAUCCUUCAUUCACUGAGCAUCUCCACUUGCCUGUCAAAUGGGUUAGUCCACUGACUCCCUUGCAAUCAAAAUAGCAGUAGAGAGAUUUUUUUUAUUUUCAAAUACUUCUUUGCACUUUAAUAUAAACACUAGGAUUACGUCAAUAUUUUAAAUGCUUAUGUUGUCAAGUACAGUAUCCACCUCUUAAUUGUAUUUUACUACAUAUCCCACUGUGUGCAAUAUGUGAAUAAGGAUUUCAAGAGUGUGGGGGCAAAAGGUUCACAACUUGUUUUGGUUUUUGCAUUUUGUGAAUUUCAAAACCAGUUAAGUAUGUUUUUUUCACAAAGUACUUGAGUCAGGUAGUCAUUUUAACAUAAUAGCACAAAGAAUUGUUGAUGCUGGAGACCUGAAAUAAACAAAAACAUACAUUGCUGGAGAAGCUCAGCAAGUCUGGCAGCAACUGAGGAGAGAAAACAGCAUUAAUGUUGAGAGUCUUGGUCUUCAGAGGAAAGGUCACUGAAGUCAAGAUGCUAGCUCUUCACAAAUGCUGCCAGACCUGAGUUUCUCCUGCAAUUUCUAGUCAUUUUAAUGUUUUGUUGCUUCAUGUUAGAAUGAAAUUAUAAUAAUUUGUGGUGUAAUAAGAGCAGUUUAUGAAUUCUUUUACUUUUUGUCAAGCCCUUGAUGUGUUGCUUAAAAGCUGGUUUUACAGUCUCAUUGCCUGAGAGAAGAAGUAGAGAAAGAGGGGAUUAGUAGAUAGUAUUAGGGCUAAAGCUGUGUAUCUUUAUCUCGAAUCUUAAUGUUAUUGGUGUCCAGACUGGGAUGGGGGGUGCUUACCAACUCUGGUUUGAUGUAUUGCUAGAGGUUUUAAUCAUGUGGACCUGUACCCGUCCAGACCUCCCUUUCCAAUCUCUGACCAUUAAUUGUCCAACCUUGUGGCAUCUCACCUCAAAUCAGAGGGAACAGACUCGUGUCGUCCGACUGUCAGUCAAAUGGCUUUUUAAAUUGCUGGUGUUGCUUGAAAACAACUGCACUAUUUUGUUUAAGGCAGUUCAUCCCCGGUCUAGGAGAUUAUUCUUCCAAUCCUGGUGACUCCAGUUCAAGGCUGGAGGCUGGUUCCCUAAGGGCAGAUGUACAAUGACAUGAAUUCCCUUAUUUGUGCCAUAACCCAAUGUGAACAUUCUUAGAUUAUUAUAUAUUUGCAUUAACUUCCGUUUUAAGAAAAGCCAAGUUUCAAUGCAUGUUUUAUCGAUCUGUUUACACUUACGUUGGGACCUUGUUCAUUUUCUUCUCAAAUUUCCAAACCAGCCGACAAGCUACAUUUUGCAUGGAAAUGUUUGGGAUAAGUUAAAGCAAAGUACUGCAGAUAAUGAAAGUCUGAAAUAAAGAACAAACUACGAGAAAUGGUCAAAUUCUGUGGAGAAAAAAAAUGGAAGUUAAUGUUCAAAUCAAAUUUAACUCUUCAGAACAAGUGGGAUAAAAUAGCAUUUGUAACUCGGAUUCUUUUCCUAAAUAAAACUUCACUUUAGUAAUUUCUCAAAAGGCAGUUUGACAAAAAUGAUUUGUUUAAGAAAGCAACUGAUUCAUUAGAACUGAUUUUAAUUUAUUUCUUUGGAUGUGAAAAAGAGACAGAGUCACUUUACGUCUUUAGAAGUGAAGUAUUGCAGAUUCAGGAUAUCUGAAGUAAAGACAGAAAUUGCUGGUGAAACUUAGUAUGUUUGGCACCAUCUGUGGAGAGGUAAACUGAGUUAACAUUUUGAAUCCAAAAUGACUUUUCUUCACAACUCACUCUCUCUCUCUCUCCUCACCGAUGCUGCCUGACCUACUGAGAUUCUCCAGCAUUUUGGUUUUAUUCCAUUUGCAUUUACAUUAUGUAAUAUUUUAUCACUGAUUUUGUAUGGCACUUAAGAACAACAGUUCUCUUUCCAGAUAAAAACCCGAAAAAACUACAGAUGCUGUGAAUCUGAAACAAUAACAGAAAUUGCUGGAAAAGCUGAGCAGGUCUGGCAGCAUCUGUGAAGAGAAAUCAGUUAACAUUUCAGGUCUGAUAACCCUUCCUCAGAACUGCUUCCUCAUUGAGGAAGGGUCACCAGACCCGAAACGUUAACUCUGAUUUUUCUUUACAGAUGCUGCCAGACCUGCUGAGCUUUUAUAGCAAUUUCUGUUUCUGUUUCACUUUCCAGAAAUGCUCAGAGGAGAAUCUAUUUGCAAAUGGUGUUUUAUGAAAGGGGUUAACACCAGUCCAGUAAUGAAAUAAAGACACUGGAAAUUUCAUUUUGCUUUUACUUAUUUACACUUUUGGAAUUCUACACUAUCUAUAUGCUGUUAAUAAGUGUACCUUAAUUCUUUUUGCUGAGUAGUCUUAAUUGCAUUCUUGGCUGUCAAUUAAUUUAUUUUGAAUAAAAGGCAGAUGUAAUUAGGAGUUUUUUGUUAUUACUGUACUGGCCUUGUUGGUAUUGGUCUGGUGACUGGACCAGGAUCGAAUUAAAGGCAAAAUUUAUCACUUUGA